AUGCACCAAAUUAAUCCACUCCUCUUCGUAGCAGGAACAUCCCUAAACUCUCGAUCAAGUGUCCGUAAUGUCACGAAGAGACGCAGAUUUCCUGCCGGAUUUCACUCAGACUCAGCCGGACUCGAAUCUUGGAUGAAAUGGCCGACGGGCCAACGAGUUCCACGUCAGAGACUGGCAUUCCCGGCUAAAGUAGAAGUGGUAUUCAGUUGGACCGGGCCGAAAAACGGACUGAAUGAAGACGAAAAGAUGUGGCGCAAGGCAGACAAUUUUCCAUUUUUCACACCACUUGUCCUGCCCAUGCCUCGAACUGGACGCGUCAAGUCCUUCCCGGCCGGUACUCAGCUCACCGGCUUAGCAUCCUGCCGGGACUCGAAUCCUGGUUGCGAGUAUCGUGGAGGCACGUCAUUUUUCAGACAGUCCAUGCCUCUCCAGCAUCGCAUUCGUGAUGGAUUGCCAAUAACGCAAGCAACCAUUUACCAUGGCAACCAAUGGAGUUCUUUGUGA